AUGGUGAUAGCCCACAGAGCUCUGAGAAACCAAUUGUUCCGGCAUACAGUGGUGUCGACCGACGAUGCUGCUACCCUUUUUGAUGCUGGAUCUGGCCAGGUGAGUAUGGAUGAAACAUAUGCGGUCGUGAUGCUAAUGUCGAUCCAGGCUCAAGGUGGAAGACAGUAUCAAGAAGACCGAUGUGCAGUAGUCCUUCCGGAACAAUUUCCUUCCCAGGGCAAGGACAAAAUUGCAUUCUUUGCAAUCUAUGAUGGACAUGGCUCCGAGCUUGUCUCGGAACAUGUCAAUCAGACUCUGCACCACCUCAUCGCGCACCGCCCCGAGCUUGAGCGUGAGGAUUGGGCGGGGGCCAUCAAGGCAGCACUGAUCGAGGAGGACCAGAUGCUUUUGGAUCGGUUCAAGAACGAGACGGCAGAGCCAGCAAUUUCCGGGUCAACGGUAGCAGUAUGUUGCAUCAACCUGACCCAGGGCGAGUUAGUCGUCUCCAAUCUGGGCGACUCGCAUGUCAUCCUGGCCGAGCGCGACCCCAAAACCGAGCACCCGUAUCACAUUGUUCGAACCUCCCCUCCAAUGCGCGGUGAUUUUGGCUGA